UUGAUCGAGCGAUGCCUGAGCGUGAGCGAUCGAACGACGAUCGCGAAUACGGUGGCGAAGUUGAGCUCGACGCACGCGAUGAAGCUGCUGAGCGAAUGCGCGGCGAGGGCGCAGGCGAAACCGAACUCGGGGGAGCGGUGCGCGAAGUGGGCGAGGACGAUUUUGUUGCACCACGCGGGGUACGCGUCGAGCGCGCCGAAGGCGCGAACGACGCUCAUGCGGUUGUCGCAGACGAUUGAGAGUCAUGUGGCGAUGCAAGGACCGCUGCAAGCGCUGUUGGGGCGGUUGGAGUUGGUGUUGCACGCGAGCGCGAUGACAAAGGGCGGCGCGGACGACGUCGACGAACUCGCGGACGCCGAAGAGACGUUGACGACGGUGUACGACGAAGCCACGGACGCGGUUGAUAUUUUACAAGACGUCAUGGGACGCGAACGCGCGGGAGCUUCGCAGGACGUCGAGGACGAAGAGGGCGACGAGGACGACGAGAGCGAAGAAGAGGACGAGAGCGAGGACGAGAGCGAGGACGAGAGCGAGGACGACGAAGAGGACGAAGAGGACGAGAGCGAGGAAGAGGGUGAUGGUAUGGUGUGA